GACAUAUUAUUUCAACAUUAAUUAAUAUAAAAUUCUUCACAACACAGUGAAGUUUCAUUUUCUUCUUACACUGAGCCUUUGAAAUGAGCUGUGUAUGUUUCCUGUGCCCAGGUCUCUCAUCAGGCCCCAUUUCAAGUGCUCCAUAGCCCCCUUGGCCCAUGCCCACCACCCCACAUGGGACAGCACAGGUCCAGCGGCCUCCCCAGCAGGAGGCAGGCAGAGAAUGAGGCCGACCCCAGAGGGCCAGGACACAGCAGGGGCUGAGCAUGUCUGGUGAAUGGAUGCCUGGGAGAAGGGAUGCCAGAAUUCACGCAUGAGGCUGUGAACAGGGCCAGGAAAACUACCGACAGAAGGGAAGCACGUGUCUCAGUGCACCCUGUGAUGCUUCAACAGCAUGACUGAGACGGGGAAAUUUACAAUGAACAGAAAUGCUUUGGCUCCAGUUCUGGACUCUGCGAAGUCCAACAUCAAGGCACCAGCAAGUUUCCGGGGCCUGCGAGCUGCACUGUCACGUGGGGGUGAAGGUUGUUGGGGAAGCUCAGGGGAUGCUGCAGACAGAGCGGCCUGGGAUGUGGAGUUACUGCUUCUCCACCCCACGGGGACAGAGGAAGCAGGAGUUUAGUCUGACACGCUGCCCCUCCAGCUGGAGGGGAAGAGACAGAGAGAGGGGCUGAAGUCACCCUUGAAUAACCACCCCAGUGGUACCCACAAAGGUGUAGCCCCCACAGCCUCAUAGCCGAGUGUUGGUGCCACCUCGUAAGGCCGUUACAAUAGCAAUUAACCCUGAACAUGAGCUUUGGAGCAGACACUCAAACCAAACAGGGGGGAUGGAGGAAAGGAGCUUCAAUGAACAAGAUCCCCUGGGCUCCUGUCCGGGCCCCUCCUUCCCCUGCCCCAUCCCAGUGCUCCUCCUGCUCCUCCUCUCAGAGCUUUCCCUGCUCCCCCUUGCUCCUCCCCCAGGUCAGUUUCAACCGUGAGCCCCAUGCAGAAAUGUACUUCCUCUCUUGGUUCCGCGGCAAACUGCUGCCUGCUUGCAAACGCUUCCAGAUCACUUGGUUUGUAUCCUGGAACCCCUGCCUGUACUGUGUGGCAAAGGUGGCCGAGUUCCUGGCUGAGCACCCCAACGUCACCCUGACCGUCUCCACCGCCCGCCUCUACUGCUUCUUGAAAAAAGAUUGGCGGAGGGCGCUUCGCAAGCUGUGUCAGACAGGGGCCCGUGUGAAGAUCAUGGACUAUGAAGAACUUAAAUACUGCUGGGAAAACUUUGUAUAUAAAGAACAUAAGCCAUUCAGGUGUCGGGACAACUUCAAAGACAAUUACACAUUCCUGCGCUGCAAGCUACAGGAGAUUCUCAGACACCCGAUGAAUGCUAUGUAUCCAGGCAUAUUCAACUUCCACUUUAGAAACCUACGGAAAGCCUACGGUCGGAACGAAACCUGGCUGUGCUUCACAGUGGAAGGUAUAAUGAACCGUUCAACUGUCUCCUGGAAGAGUGGCAUCUUCCGAAACCAGGUGGGUCCUGAUCCUUCCUGUCAUGCAGAAAUGUGCUUCCUCUCUUGGUUCCGCCACAACAUGCUGUCUCCUAAGAAGGACUACGAGGUCACCUGGUAUGCCUCUUGGAGCCCUUGCCCAGAGUGUGCAGGGCAGGUGGCCGAGUUCCUGGCCAGGCACAGAAACGUGAGGCUCACCAUCUUCACUGCCCGCCUCUACUACUUCUGGAAUCCAGAUUUCCGGCAGGGGAUCCGCAGGCUGAGUCAGGAAGGGGCCUCCGUGCUGAUCAUGGGCUAUGAAUAUUUUGAAUAUUGUUGGGAUAACUUUGUGUACAAUGAUGGUCAGCCAUUCAAGCCUUGGAAGAGACUACAAGACAACUCUCUAUCCCUGUACAUCACACUGCAGGAGAUUCUGCAGUGAAGGGCCUCCCCGGGCCUCCCGGUCUGGCUGCUCUAGCCUCCUGCUCUUCCCGUGAGGGCCUCCAACCCAUCCUGGACCAGCUUUGCUGUUGCCGGAUCAUCCUCAGCUCCUCCUGCCCUCAGGCCCAUUCCACAGUGCUCCCUGCCUCACCGCCUCCUCCCCACUCUCCCGGGCUUCUCCUGCAGAGGCCCCUUUCUGCCUCCAUGGCUAUCUCCAUCCACCCCCUUAGAACCCAUUCCCCAGCCUGGCGCCCCCAACCUGGCUCUUCGCAUCUCCCCAGGAAAACCAAAUCUUA